CUCACUCAAAGUCACUUCUUUUAAACUCCCGAGGUCAUUCUCCAGUGAAUACUGGUGGUGGUAGUGUGUACAGUGCGCGCCAACAAUCAGUCCCCAGUGUCGAAGCAGAUCACACAGCUGCCCCUCCUCUCUCUCUCUCUCUCCACUUGUUAUCGAUCUUCAAAUGCACACUUUGAAAUUGAACUAUGGCAAUGGUUCUCUUUGAUUUGCAGCUAAUUCAUGAGCUUUGAAUAACAUUGAAGAUAAAUUUGGAUUCGAAUCGGAUGUGAUUUUGAGAAUCUUCAGAUGGAUCAGCCGGCGAUGAUCAACGGCGAUGCGUUUCAGAGUGCGAGUGCGGCGCCGUACAAUUUGGCCGAGAUCUGGCCGUUUAGAAUCAACGGCGGUGAGUCGGGAGGUGCAUUGGACUUGAUGAAGGUGCGGUUUGGGCAGAGUUUGGAUCAAUUUGAGAAUGCGAGCGUGAAUCGCGAAGUUUCUGGCAAUGAUCCGAUGGUUCUGGAUCACAGAUUGGCUCGGAGUGGCGGUUCAAGGAAGCGGCGUGAUGAAUCUCCUCCCGAGAAUGAGUCCGCCAAGCUUGUCUCGACGAGCAUUGGCAAUGACAUCAUCACGAAUGAGUGUGAUGGUAAACGCAUUAAGACGGAGAGAUCUAGAGAUGAGAAUUUUGAUUACAAAGCUAAAGCCGAAGCAAAUUCGAGCAAGCCAACAGAGCAGAACACAAAAACGCAUGAGCCACCGAAGCAAGAUUACAUCCACGUACGAGCAAGAAGGGGCCAAGCUACUGAUAGCCAUAGUCUAGCAGAAAGAGCUAGAAGAGAAAAGAUAAGCGAGAGAAUGAAAAUUCUACAAGAUCUGGUCCCUGGUUGUAAUAAGGUCAUUGGCAAAGCAUUGGUCCUUGAUGAGAUAAUUAAUUAUAUCCAGUCACUGCAGCAUCAGGUUGAGUUCUUAUCAAUGAAGCUUGAAGCGGUUAAUUCCAAAGUGAACCCUGGCAUUGAAGGAUUUCCAUCAAAAGACUUUGUUCAACAAACAUUCAACACAAAUGGAGUGGCGUUUAGUUCACAAGCUACAAGGGACUAUGCUAAGGAUUCAUCGCCAGAAUGGUUACAUAUGCAGAUUGGUAGUGGCUUCGAAAGAACAACAUAACUUAGAUAAUCUUCAUCAUUUGCUAAUAAGAGCAUUAGGAGGGCAUAAUUAGUCCUUCAGUGAUUGCCAAAAAAAUAUGUCAACAUUUUAAUUUCUUUGGGUGUUGAAAAUGUAUUUUUUUUUUUUUUUUCCUUUUACCUUAAAUAUCUCACAGCAAGCUUUGUUUUCUAUGUGCCAAUAUUUGAACAUAUUUCCCAAUGAGUGUUACUCUUGUAGGAUUGCCUGUUUAGAAUUGUAAAGCUUACACAUUUGUGUCCGCCUUGUUUAACAUUGGGUGUAUUAAGAAGGUGAAGGUUCAUGCAAUAAGAAAGUUGCUAAUUUCUAUGAGAGUA